GGGGGGGGGGCAGCGCCGAGCACCGCACCAAGAUGGCGACACCCGCAGUUCCUCCUGCAGCUCCCGCACCGCCGCAGUCCGGCAGCGCCGCGCGGGGGACGCGUUAGUGCAGCGGCCGCGAGCUGACCUGUCCGGGUGCAACAGAGCAAAAGAAGCUGCUGCAGGAUGAAAAGAUGGCAGCGAAGCUGCUCGCACCACCAGGCCCCGAGAGCUUCAAACCCUUCACGCCGGAGUCUCUGGCCAACAUCGAGAAGCACAUCGCCGAGCUGAAGAAGAAGCAGCGCUCCAAGCAGGACAGCAGCCACCGGGAUGACGAUGAAGACAGCAAACCCAAACCCAACAGUGACCUCGAGGCGGGGAAGAACUUGCCUUUCAUCUACGGGGACAUCCCAAAAGGCCUGGUCGCUGUACCCCUGGAGGACUUUGACCCUUAUUAUAUGACCCAGAAAACCUUUGUAGUACUAAACAGAGGGAAAACACUCUUCCGAUUUAGUGCCACACCUGCCUUGUACAUUUUAAGUCCUUUUAAUCUGUUUAGAAGAAUAGCUAUUAAAAUUUUGAUACAUUCAGUAUUUAGCAUGAUCAUUAUGUGCACUAUUUUGACCAACUGUGUAUUCAUGACUUUUAGUAACCCACCCGAAUGGUCGAAGAAUGUGGAGUACACGUUCACUGGCAUUUAUACCUUCGAAUCCCUUGUGAAGAUCAUUGCGAGAGGUUUCUGUAUAGACGGCUUCACUUUCCUGCGGGAUCCGUGGAACUGGCUGGAUUUCAGCGUCAUCAUGAUGGCAUAUGUCACUGAGUUUGUGGACCUGGGGAAUGUCUCAGCCUUGAGAACUUUCAGAGUUCUCCGAGCUUUGAAAACUAUCUCUGUGAUUCCAGGCUUGAAGACCAUCGUGGGUGCCCUCAUCCAGUCCGUGAAGAAGCUGUCGGAUGUCAUGAUCUUGACGGUGUUUUGUCUCAGUGUCUUCGCUCUCAUCGGCCUGCAGCUCUUUAUGGGCAAUCUGAGGAACAAGUGCGUCAUCUGGCCCAUCAAUGUCAACGAGACAUUCCUGGAUAACGGCUCGAGGGGCUUUGACUGGGAGGAGUACACCAACAAUAUGUCUAACUUCUACAUCAUUCCCGGUGCCCCUGACCCUUUGCUCUGUGGUAACAGCUCGGAUGCAGGCCAAUGUCCGGAGGGUUACACGUGCAUGAAGGCAGGCCGGAACCCCAACUACGGUUACACAAGCUUUGAUACCUUCAGCUGGGCUUUCCUGGCUUUAUUUCGCCUUAUGACUCAGGACUUCUGGGAGAACCUCUAUCAGUUGACCUUACGAGCAGCAGGAAAAACCUACAUGAUCUUCUUUGUCUUGGUGAUCUUUGUGGGAUCCUUCUACCUGGUGAACCUCAUUCUGGCUGUGGUGGCUAUGGCUUACGAGGAGCAGAACCAGGCCACGCUGGAGGAGGCAGAGCAGAAGGAGGCAGAGUUUAAGGCCAUGUUAGAACAGCUGAAGAAGCAGCAGGAAGAAGCCCAGGCGGCUGCUAUGGUCACUUCGGCAGGGACGGUCUCUGAAGAUGCUGUGGAGGACGAUGGUGGAGGCGUGAGGAUGUCCCGGAGCUCUUCGGAGCUUUCCAAGCUCAGUUCCAAGAGUGCCAAGGAGCGGCGGAACAGGAGGAAGAAGCGCAAGGACAAGGAGCUGUCGGAGGGGGAGGAGAAGUGUGACACCGAGAAGGUGUUCAAGUCUGAGUCCGAGGAUGGCAUGAGGAGGAAGGCCUUCAGGCUCCCGGAUAACAGGCUGGGCAGGAAGUUUUCCAUCAUGAACCAGUCUCUCCUCAGCAUCCCCGGCUCCCCGUUCCUCUCCCGACACAACAGCAAGAGCAGCAUCUUCAGCUACAAGGGGCGAUUCCGGGACCCGGGCUCUGAGAACGAGUUUGCUGACGAUGAGCACAGCACCGUGGAGGAGAGCGAGGGCCGCAGGGAUUCCCUCUUCAUCCCCAUCCGCGGCCGGGACCGCCGCAGCAGCUACAGCGGCUACAGCGGCUACAGCCAGGGCAGCCGCUCCUCGCGCAUCUUCCCCACGCUGCGGCGCAGCAUCAAGCGGAACAGCACCGUGGAUUGCAAUGGGGUGGUGUCCCUCAUCGGGGGACCCCCCUCCAGCAUGCCCGGGGGGCGCCUGCUGCCAGAGGGUACCACUGAAAUCGAGAUCAGGAAGAAACCUGGUGGCUCCCUCUUGGUCUCCAUGGAUCAGGUGAACGCAUCCUAUGGAAGGAAAGACCGAACCAACAGUGUCAUGACGGGGCUGACAAACACCCUUGUGGAGGAGCUGGAAGAGUCCCAAAGGAAGUGUCCCCCUUGCUGGUACAAGUUUGCCAACACGUUCCUGAUCUGGGAAUGCCACCCGUACUGGAUGAAGCUGAAGGAGAUAGUGAACUUGAUUGUCAUGGAUCCAUUCGUUGACUUGGCCAUCACCAUCUGCAUUGUGCUGAACACGUUGUUCAUGGCCAUGGAGCACCACCCCAUGACCCCAGAGUUUGAACACGUGCUCUCCGUAGGGAAUCUGGUUUUCACUGGGAUUUUCACAGCAGAAAUGUUCCUGAAGCUCAUUGCCAUGGAUCCCUACUAUUAUUUCCAAGAGGGCUGGAACAUCUUUGAUGGAUUUAUUGUCUCCCUCAGUUUGAUGGAGCUGGGUCUAGCAGAUGUGGAAGGACUUUCUGUGCUGCGAUCUUUCCGAUUGCUGAGAGUCUUCAAACUGGCCAAGUCUUGGCCCACUCUGAACAUGCUGAUAAAAAUCAUCGGUAACUCAGUGGGUGCCUUGGGGAACUUGACCUUGGUGCUUGCCAUCAUCGUGUUCAUCUUCGCCGUGGUGGGAAUGCAGCUCUUUGGCAAAAGCUACAAGGAGUGUGUCUGCAAGAUCAAUCCGGAGUGUGAGCUACCCCGCUGGCACAUGCACGAUUUCUUCCACUCCUUCCUUAUUGUCUUCCGUGUGUUGUGUGGGGAAUGGAUUGAGACCAUGUGGGAUUGUAUGGAAGUAGCGGGACAGGCCAUGUGCUUGAUUGUCUUCAUGAUGGUCAUGGUCAUCGGCAACUUAGUGGUGCUGAACCUCUUCUUAGCCUUGCUCCUGAGCUCCUUCAGCGCUGACAACUUGGCAGCAACGGAUGAUGAUGGGGAGAUGAACAACCUGCAGAUCUCUGUUAUCCGCAUCAAGAAGGGCAUUGCCUGGAUCAAGGCGAAAGUGCGUGAGUUCAUGCAGGCUCAUUUCAAGCAGAGGGAGGCAGAUGAGGUCAAACCCUUGGAUGAGUUGUAUGACAAGAAGGUAAACUGCAUCGCUAACCACACAGGGGCUGAUAUCAACAGAGACAUUGAUUAUCAGAAGAAUGGCAAUGGCACCACAAGUGGAAUUGGGAGCAGUGUGGAGAAGUACAUAAUAGAUGAAGAUCACAUGUCCUUCAUCAAUAACCCCAAUCUCACUGUCCGGGUACCUAUUGCUGUAGGUGAAUCGGACUUUGAAAAUCACAACACAGAAGAUUUCAGCAGUGAUACAGAUCCUGAUGGCAGCAAAGAGAAACUGGAUGAAACCAGCUCCUCUGAAGGUAGCACCAUUGACAUCAAGCCUGAAGUGGAAGAAGUCCCUGUGGAGGCACCAGAGGAGUAUCUGGACCCAGAUGCUUGCUUCACAGAAGGGUGCACGCAGCGCUGCAAGUGUUGCCAGGUCAAUAUUGAGGAGGGGCUGGGGAAGUCCUGGUGGACCUUGAGGAAGACUUGUUUCCUCAUCGUGGAACAUAACUGGUUUGAGACCUUCAUCAUCUUCAUGAUCCUCCUGAGCAGCGGUGCUCUGGCUUUUGAGGAUAUUUACAUCGAGCAGAGGAAAACCAUCCGGACCAUCCUGGAGUACGCAGACAAGGUCUUCACGUACAUCUUCAUCCUGGAGAUGCUGCUGAAGUGGUGUGCUUAUGGGUUCGUCAAGUUCUUCACCAACGCCUGGUGCUGGCUGGAUUUCCUCAUUGUGGCUGUCUCUUUAGUCAGCCUUAUAGCUAAUGCCCUGGGCUACUCGGAACUAGGUGCCAUAAAGUCCCUUAGGACACUAAGAGCUUUGAGGCCUUUAAGAGCGUUGUCCCGAUUUGAGGGGAUGAGGGUGGUUGUCAACGCCUUGGUUGGCGCUAUCCCUUCCAUUAUGAAUGUGUUGUUGGUCUGCCUUAUCUUCUGGCUGAUUUUCAGCAUUAUGGGGGUUAACCUGUUUGCUGGGAAGUAUCAUUACUGCUUUAAUGAAACAGCUGAGGAGCGCUUUGAGAUCGAUAUUGUUAACAACAAGACAGACUGCGAGGCGCUGAUGCCACCCAACUCCACCGAGAUCCGAUGGAAGAACGUCAAAAUCAACUUCGACAACGUUGGCGCGGGAUACCUGGCUCUUCUGCAGGUGGCUACUUUCAAGGGCUGGAUGGACAUCAUGUAUGCAGCAGUAGAUUCCAGAAAGCAAGAAGAGCAGCCCAAGUACGAGGACAACAUUUACAUGUACAUCUAUUUCGUUAUCUUCAUUAUCUUUGGCUCCUUUUUCACCCUCAACUUGUUCAUUGGUGUCAUCAUUGACAACUUCAAUCAACAAAAGAAAAAGUUUGGAGGUCAAGAUAUUUUCAUGACAGAAGAACAGAAGAAGUAUUAUAAUGCCAUGAAAAAACUGGGCUCAAAGAAGCCUCAGAAACCCAUUCCCCGACCUCUGAAUCGCAUUCAAGGAGCCGUCUUUGACUUUGUUACUCAGCAAGCAUUUGACAUAGUCAUCAUGAUGCUCAUUUGCCUCAACAUGGUCACCAUGAUGGUGGAGACAGACACCCAAAGCAAGCAGAUGGAGGACAUCCUUUACUGGAUCAACCUGGUGUUUGUCAUCUUCUUCACCUGUGAGUGUGUGCUGAAGAUGUUCGCUUUGCGGCACUAUUAUUUCACCAUCGGGUGGAACAUUUUUGACUUCGUGGUUGUGAUUCUGUCCAUCGUGGGAAUGUUCCUGGCUGAAAUCAUUGAGAAGUACUUUGUGUCACCCACUCUCUUCCGAGUCAUCCGCCUGGCUCGCAUUGGACGUAUCCUGCGCUUGAUCAAAGGAGCCAAAGGAAUCCGCACUUUGCUUUUUGCCUUAAUGAUGUCCUUGCCUGCCUUGUUCAACAUCGGCCUCUUGCUCUUCUUGGUCAUGUUCAUCUUCUCCAUCUUUGGCAUGUCGAACUUUGCCUACGUCAAGCAUGAGGCUGGCAUAGAUGAUAUGUUCAACUUUGAGACCUUUGGCAACAGCAUGAUCUGCUUGUUCCAGAUCACCACAUCCGCUGGCUGGGAUGGCCUGCUGCUGCCCAUCCUCAACCGGCCUCCUGACUGCGACCUGGACAAGGAGCACCCCGGGAGUGGUUUUAAGGGGGAUUGUGGGAACCCUUCCGUGGGGAUAUUUUUCUUUGUGAGUUACAUCAUCAUCUCCUUCCUGAUUGUGGUCAACAUGUACAUUGCCAUCAUCCUGGAGAACUUCAGCGUGGCCACGGAAGAGAGCGCGGAUCCGCUGAGCGAGGAUGACUUCGAGACCUUCUAUGAGAUCUGGGAGAAGUUUGACCCCGAUGCCACCCAGUUCAUAGAGUACAGCAAGCUCGCAGACUUUGCUGAUGCUUUGGAACAUCCUCUCCGCGUCCCAAAACCCAACACCAUCGAACUCAUUGCCAUGGACCUGCCUAUGGUAAGUGGAGACAGGAUCCACUGUUUAGACAUCCUGUUUGCCUUCACUAAACGUGUCCUGGGGGACAGUGGGGAGCUGGAUAUACUCAGACAACAGAUGGAGGAGAGAUUCGUGGCAUCCAACCCUUCCAAAGUGUCUUAUGAGCCUAUCACAACCACGCUGCGGAGGAAGCAGGAAGAGGUUUCAGCCGUGGUUAUCCAGAGGGCUUACAGGGCUCGCUUAGCGCGCCGGGGCUUCAUCAGCCGAAGGCCUGUAUCCACAAAGCUGGAAAACGGGGGAGCAAACAGGGAGAAGAAGGAGGGGACCCCCUCGACCGCGUCCCUCCCGUCGUACGACAGUGUAACCAAACCCGAGAAGGAGAAGCAGCAACGGGCGGAGGAGGGGAGACGGGAAAGAGCCAAGAGGCCCAAAGACGUCAGGGAAUCCAAGUGUUGAGCCGGUGGGAUUGUGCAGUUGCGACUGUUUGCAAGCAGAAAGGUUGUUUACAGGCGAAUCACUACAGAAGAGCUGUGGAGACACUUACCUGAAGAUCUUAUACCAAACAUAGUCUGCUUCCUGUGUGACAGCGUUGCA